AUGAGUUUCAAGAUGGGAUUGAUUCAGUGUUGCAUGUUUCUGAGUCUGAUCGUUAUGGCAGCCAAUCUUGUUGAAUCACGCCAGCAGCCAGCAGAGAUACCUAAACGGGCUGAGGAGGAGCAAAGUAAUGGAAGAACCCUAGGAGGAAGUGGGAAUCAUCAAAGUGAAGGAAAGGUGACGAAGGCCAAGAUUGAUGAAUUGGGUGAGAUGAAGAAUUUGCCACCACUUCCAAACAUUCCCUUUGCACCCCAACUCCCAAUUCCACAGUUCCCACCAAACCAAAUUCCUGGCUUUCCAAUUCCACAAUUCCCAUUUCCACCUCAAAUUCCUGGUAUUCCAAUUCCACAAUUCCCAUUUCCACCUCAAAUUCCUGGUGUUCCAAUUCCACAAUUCCCAUUUCCAUCCCAAAUUCCUGGUGUUCCGAUUCCACAAUUCCCAUUUCCACCCCCAUUUCAGAUUCCUAAUGCCCCUCCAUUCUCAUCUAUUCCCAAUUUCCCACUCCCUCCUUUCAAUAUUCCUAAUAUCCCCUUCUUUUCACCUCCUCCUGCUUAA